AUGACUGAAUUCAACCCUGUACCUAACAAGAUCGAUGAUAUUAGCAUUAACUUAGACUCUACCACUAUUAACUUAGACUAUACCACACCGGAACAAUCCUACAAUGUUUUCACACGCAAUCGCUACGAAGUACGGGGUAAUGAGUUACCUAAUAACGAUAACAACAGCGGGAUGAGCAAUUCAAUUUAUGGAGAAGACCAGUAUACUGAAAAUACGAUUGUCGCUGACAACGCGCCAAUUAGUUACUCAAGACGUACCAGUAAAGAAAAUAUCGCAGAACAACAAAGUCGAACAACUCAAACGUCCAAGACGAUGAGACCUAAGACUAGCCGAGAAGUUUCUACUAAUGAAGGCAAUACCCAAGCAAGCACAGUUAUAAUCGGAGAUUCAACGAUAAAAUAUAAUGAUAGAAAAUGUUGCUUCGGGGAAUUAAGAAAAAUGGUCAGAUCUCUCGAAGGACCGCAAUAA